AUGGAUUCGCUGAGUGGGGAAGAGCUGGAAUGUUGUAUCUGUCUGAACAUUUAUAGGGAUCCUGUAAUGCUGAAAUGUGGACACAACUUCUGCCGGGAGUGUAUUAAUAGUGUGCUGGACACACAGGAGAGGUCUGGAGGUUAUUCCUGUCCUCAAUGCCGAGAGAAAUUUCCUGAGCGUCCUGCACUGCACAGGAACAUAACAUUACGUAACAUCCUGGAGGAUCUCCAGUCUACUCAGCCAGGUCAGGAGAUAUCUGGGAAGGUCUGUACCUACUGUAUUCACUUUCCAGUACCUGCUGUUAAAUCCUGUCUGUUGUGUGAAGCGUAUCUGUGUGAUAAUCAUCUAGGAGCCCACAACAAGUCACCAGAACAUGUCUUAUGUGACCUCACCACUUCCCUGGAGAACAGGAAAUGCUCCAUUCAUAAAAAGGCCCUGAAGUAUUACUGUAGUGAAGACUCUGUCUGUGUCUGCGUGUAUUGUCGGAGAAGGGAGCACAAAGGUCAUAAGAUGAAGUUAUUGAAAGUGGCCUCUGAAAUAAAAAAGAUUGGGCUAAGAAAGGUUCUGCAGACACUGACAAUAAAGAGAGAGGAGACCGAGACCAGAGUCCAGAGUCUUCAGGAACACAGGAGGAAAGUACAAGGAAAAGCAGCCGGUGAGACAGAGAAAGUCACUGCCCUGUUCCGAGACGUCAGGAGACAACUGGAGGACCUGCAGAAGAGAGUCCUGAGCGAGAUCUCUAGUCAGGCAGAGCAGAUCUCAUCCUCCCUGUCUGAUCUGAUCCGACAGCUGGAGAUAAAGAAGGACGAGCUGUCCAAGAAGAUGGGUCACAUUGAGGAGCUGUGUAACAAGAGUGAUCCACUGACCGUCUUACAGGAAUCAGACACAGGGGACUUGUGUGAUCCCGAGGAUGGAGAUAAUGAGAGAGAGAGACAUGAUAGACUCCUCCAUGAAGGAGAAGAUCUGGAUGUGGCUGGGAUGUCACACAUGUUCAACACAUUAUCGGAUAUAAUAAAAGGGACAAAUGUAUGCUUCUAUGUACAGAAGGCCGCAGACAUAACACUGGAUGUAAACACGGCUCAUAAUAGUCUACAGAUAUCUGAUGACAAGAAAACAGCUUCCUGGUCAAAUAUAAGUCAGAAUCGCCCAGACACACCAGAGAGGUUUCAGUCUCAUCCUCACGUGCUCAGCAGUCAGAGUUUUUCCUCAGGGCGACAUUAUUGGGAUGUGGAUGUCGGGGGAUCAAAUAGCUGGAGGCUUGGAAUGUGUUACCCCAGUAUGGAGAGGAAAGGACGUCAGUCAAUGAUUGGAUGUAAUAAGGAGUCCUGGGGAAUUUUCAGGAAUGAAAAUGGGUACUCAGUGAUGCAUGACUGUAAAAGAAUACUGUUACCUGACAAUAUCUCCAGUGAUAGAGUCAGUAUCUGUCUGGAUUAUGAGGCCGGGCAGAUUUCCUUCUAUUCUCUGUGUGAUAUAUUGAGAAACCUCCACACCUUCAAUGCCACCUUCACUGAGCCUCUUCAUGUCGUGUUGGGUGUAUGGAACGGUUCUGUAAAGCUAUGCGGGGGGAAGCAGUAG